AUGCCAAGCGCCCGCCCGUUAUCCGAGGGUUCGGCGCAAACGGCUGCCUUCAAAAUUCCCUUAGUCGAAGUUUCCCGAUCAUCCAAACUAUCUCGAUCUUUGUACGCAUCCAAAGUGCAGAUCUUGCGAUCGGGCACCAAGAAAUAUUCUAAACACAGCGACCGGCAAUUUCCUCGUCAGCACUUUUACUCGUUACUGCACCGAAAUGGCUCGUAUCGGGAGGUUUCCAACUUUAUCGCUUUCCUCCGAAAUAACACACGCUCCGACGACCCUUCGCAGCCAGCGAAUGCUGUCCUGGAGGAUUCUCAAUCAUUUAGCCCAGGGUCUCGUCAUGCAAAUAAGUGGGUGUAUGGCAGCGAUGUAUCAGCCUGGCUGUGGAAGUAUGAGACUGAAUUGAAGUUUACGAUGACCGAUGAAAAAGGCUUUCGUGCAAUAUUGCUUGCUAUUCCUUUUUCACAUUUUCUUACCGUUACCAUCCAAAGACCGGUCAUCCCAGUGCGUUCCGGUUCGAGCAUCAAUGGUGCUAAAUUCUGUUAA